AUGGCCUCCAACUGCUUACCUCUAAAGUAUGAAUCAUCUCCUAAUCCCAUUUUCAGUUGUUCAAGGGGUGUCGGUCCCUUUGUCAUCUCAGGCUGUGGAGUUGCACAAAACUCUUGUGUCAAUUGUGACACAAAGCCUUCAUCAUCCCAGUCAGUUUCUUCUACAAAUGGAGCAGAAUUUCAGAAAGAAUUUGAGAACGAUGUAGAUGGAGGGAUUUUUUCUUCACAGAGAAUUUGGGAACGCGAUUGUGGGGAGAAUUAUGUGUUGGAGUUUGAUGAUGAUGAAGAGGAUGGAUCUUUGCCCCAACGAUUCGUACCGUUUCACAAGAUUGGUAUUGGGGGAUCUGAAAACGAGCCUUUCACGAUACGGGUUGCGAUCCACCGGUUUGCGGACUCGGAAUAA